UGCAUAUAUGUCUAUGAGUGAUCAAGAAUAACAAAGCAUAACUUCCAAAUAAUCAAAUAACUAUUUCAUAUUAGAGCAAAUUAUUAUUAGAAGAAUUAUGGAUUUGGGAUUCUACCUAUUUGUUCUCAUUUUAUUGCUAAUUGGUUAUUUGAUGAAAAAGUUGUGGUUAAUUAAUCAUAAUGAUGGUAAAAAUGGAGAAUUAAGUAUAAAUUUUCCACCUGGAAGUAGAGGAUUACUCCCUUAUAUUGGAGAAACCUUACACUUCAUUGCAGCAAUUUAUAGCAAACAAGGUUUUUAUAGCUUUGUUGAAGCUCGCCAUCUAAGGUAUGGUAAUUGUUUUAAAACGCACAUAUUUGGGGAGACGCAUGUGUUUGUGGCAAGCACAGAAUCAGCCAAGGAAAUAUUAAGCAAUGAUUUGGGAAAAUUUACAAAGAAGUAUAUUAGGUCAAUUGGAGAAGUAAUUGGGUCAGAAAGCCUACUUUGUGCAUCACAUCAAACUCACAAGCUAAUUCGAAGACAUCUUCUUGACUUGUUUAACUCAAAUUCGAUUGCUGAUUUCACCAAGCAAUUUGAUCAAUUGGUUGUAGAUUCUCUCAACUCUUGGAAAAAUACAGGAAAUGUGAUCAUACUUGAUCAAGCACUUAAGAUAACCUUCAAGGCAAUGUGUAAAAUGCUACUAAGUUUAGAAGAUGGAAGUGAGCUAUCUAUGCUACAAAAGGAUGUUGCUUGUGUUUGUCAUGGAAUGCUUGCAUUUCCUUUGAAUUUACCCUGGACUACUUUCAGCAAAGGUCUUAAGGCAAGGAAAAGAAUUAUGAACUUGCUAGAGAAGAUGAUUCAAGAGAGAAGAGCAAGACAUUCAACACAAAUUCCAUAUGGUCAUGAUAAUAAAGAUUUUCUACAAUACUUGCUUCUAGGAAAAAAUCGCGAACCAUGCUCUUCUGACUCAGAGCCAAGCUUAACUGAUGCACAAAUCAAAGAUAACAUCUUAACCAUGAUAAUUGCAGGUCAGGACACCACAGCAAGCGCGAUGACAUGGAUGGUGAAAUACUUGGAUGAAAAUCAAGGAGUACUCAAAGUGGUAGAGGAUGAAAUACUCAGCUUACAUAAGAGAGUUGCAAACAAAUCCUCCCUUACAUUAGAAGAUCUAAAUGAGAUGACAUAUACUGCCAAAGUAGUAAAAGAAAGCUUGAGGAUGGCAUCCAUUGUACCAUGGUUCCCAAGAGUUGCACUCCGCGACUACAACAUCUUAGGAUAUACAAUCAAGAAAGGAUGGAAUGUUAACGUCGAUGCUAGAGCUAUACACUUUGAUCCUACGUUACAUAAAGAUCCUUGUAAAUUCAUUCCAUCUAGGUUUGAUAAUGAACCAAAACCAUACACUUUCUUAGCUUUUGGCGCUGGAGGAAGAACAUGUCUAAGCAUGAAUUUAGCCAGAACAAUGAUGCUUGUGUUCAUUUACCGGUUAAUCACCACUUACAAGUGGGAGGUGACUGAUCCAGACUCGAGUGUGGAAAAUUGGGCACUAUUUUCGAGGUUAAAAAGCGGUUGUCCAAUCCAAAUUACACAAAUUAACAAUAAAACUAAAUUUAAGGAUAAAUAAAAGAUUACAUUAACACCCUUGUACAAUGUAUUUGUAUACAUUUAAAAAUUUUACAGUAUGAACUAUUAACAUGUACAAUAAUCUAUUGUACACAUUUGAAAAUUGUUAAGAUAAUGAAACAACGUUUCGAAUGGGCUCUUACCCUGUUAAGAUCCAGAAUUGGUGGAACAUGGGCCUGCUCUCUGGUCUAGACAGUUUGUAAAGUUGGGCCAUUGUUACUUCAACUAAAAAUUAGUUUCUAACUUUA